UAUUUACGAAAUCCAAUUUGCUUGUUUUGUUGGCCUUUAAUUCUUUUGUUAGAUAUCAAUGUUUAUGAUUAUGAAUCAUUAAUGUUUACUCUCCAUUGACUCAUUAUUUCGAUGAAUCAUUUCUUUUGACAGAAGAAAAUUAUUUCUUUUGACAGAAGAAAAUUAUGUAAACACUUACUCGAAAUCUUCAUAUUGCCCUCUGAUAGAAAUAGAUCUUUACUCAAUUUCAUCUUUGGUAAAUUUACCAAGGGCUAUGUCAAAAUUUUGGAAUAUUUUUGCUCCCCAAUUUGCUUGGUUGCCUAUUCCUCUAAUUCUUUAGUUAGUCAUAGAAUCUGCAUCAAUACUUAUACUUACUAUGUCAUAAUUUGGGAAGAUGUGUGCCUUCUAAUCUGCUAGUUGGAUUUCUAAUUGUUUAAAUCGUUAUUUAUUUGGUUUGUUAUAUCUGACAGAUACCUCUGAUUGCUGAACGGAAAGGUUGGGGUUCAUGUCUUUGUAGCAUUGUUCCAGCCACUGCUUUGCUCUCUAUAGUUUACCUUCUAGGGUUUUCAAAUGUAGAAACAGAAAAUAGAGAGACAUGGGGAUUAGCUGAUAUUUUGCAGAGCUCAAAUGUUGGUAAUUGCAAGAACCAGUGCAAGCCUCCCGGAACUGCGCCAUUACCUGAAGAAGGAAAAUACUUCUACCAGCUUAUUUGCAGUUGCUGUUGGAAUAAAGCAAAAAGAUCUAGUAGACAAAAUGGUCAAGAUGUUUCUAUCUAGUGAUUUUGUAGUUAUGCUUUUCCAUUAUGAUGGUAUUGUUGAUGAAUGGAAGCAUUUUGAAUGGUGUGAUAAAGUCAUACAUGUUUCUGCACGCAAUCAAACUAAAUGGUGGUUUGCAAAGCGUUUCUUACACCCUGAUAUUGUUUCGGAAUAUAGUUACAUUUUUCUCUGGGAUGAGGACCUUGGAGUUGAACAUUUUCACCCGAAAGUAUAUAUGUCAAUUAUUGAGCAUGAAGGGCUUGAGAUAUCGCAGCCUGCACUUGAUCGUUCUAAAUCAGAGGUACACCAUCAAAUUACUGCACGUGAAAGCAAAUCAAUUGUGCACAGGACAGCUUUCAAACCAGGUGCUAAUGGGAAGCAUUGUGAUGCCCAUAGUAAAGGACCUCCAUGCACGGGGUGGAUCGAAAUGAUGGCCCCUGUUUUCUCGAGAGCUGCCUGGCGUUGUGUAUGGUACAUGAUUCAGAAUGAUUUGAUCCAUGCCUGGGGUAUAGAUAUGCAAGUUGGUUAUUGUGCACAGGGUGAUCGAACCAAAAAUAUUGGUAUUGUCGAUGCUGAGUAUGUAGUCCACCACAAUCGUCCUACUCUAGGGGGCAUGGGUGCGAAAAAUCGCUCUACUGCUGGAGGUCGACGGCUGGACAAGGGUGAUCGAAUCAAAGGUAUUGUUGUGAAUGAUGCAUACAUACUGCGCCACUAUGUUAAAGCAAAGAAAAAAAAGAAACCUCGUCGUCCACAAGAUCCUAGAGUGGAAGUAAGGAGGCAGUCCUACGUCGAGUUGUACUUUUUCAGACAACGAUGGGAGAAAGCUGUGAAGAACGAUAAGUGCUGGGUCGAUCCAUAUCACUAGCAAGAACAUUGACUGCAUUCUCCGAUUUUGUUGGCUCAGGUAAAACUGUGUAAAAUGUUACAUACCAUUGUGCAUCAUAGUCAUAGGAUGUUGCUAAAUGGAAGGAAGAGAUUAAGCAGGUACUUUUUCCAAACAAAAUUGCGCGAUCCUCGUAUGGAGCUGAGCUCGGUGCCUGCUUCAGUUCAUUUGUUUACAUUCGAUAUAGGUACCGGAUUAAAUCAUUCGAUUAUUUAGUGGAAUAAAAAGAAUAUAAUGUUUUAUAGGAACUGGGAGGAAAAUAAUAAGAGCCUUCCUUUAGCUUACUGAUUUUAUCUGUAGUGUCAACUUAUAGCUUCUUGCUUGAAGCCCAAAGCCUGAGGAUAAGACAAUGAUGCAAGAUAUCUAGAUUCAAAAUUUAAAUUUAUUAAGGGUAAAUUGUAUUAGUAGUCCC